GCGACGACCACCUCCCCUGAUUUACUAAGAAAGAUCGUUGCUUGAACCGCCGAUCUCAAUAAGAGUUGAGGUGUUUGCAGAAGAAAGAUUGAAAAAGCUAAAGUUAUCAUCUUUUUUAAUGGAACGGACUCCUUGUCAGCAGGGUAUAUAUGGUACUAAUAAACAGUCACCCAGUGAUAAUGCCGACAUUGAUAAGUUGGCUGAUGAAUUACUAGUUCACAUUCUGUCUCGCAUGAGCCUCAAGGAAGCUGCAAGGACUUGCAUCCUUGCGCGUAGAUGGAGAUAUUUAUGGAGGUCUGUAUCUGGAACCUUGCAAUUUGAUGUUAGGGAUUUUGUGACUGCCGCUGGAGAUGGAAUGGAAGUGGAGAAGUUUGUGUCUUGGGUGAAUACUGUGUUGGAGCUUCAUCAAGGGAGGUAUAUUGAGGGUAUAGUUGUUAUAUUUUGUUUGGGAAUGAAUGAAAAACAACUUGAAACGAUACAUACGGCUAGAAUUGCACGUGUGGUUGACAGUUGGGUGUAUGCUGCUGUGCAAAAGGAACUUGAGAGGUUUGAAUUGCAUCUACCAUGGGCUACUCAUCAUAAAUUUCCUAGCAUUGAAAUGUUGAAGUCACAUUCACAUAGGGGCAGUAACAGCUCACCUUUCCGCCGUCUGAAGAUUCUUAGGUUGCUAGAGGUACCAAUCGAGGAUGAGGUGGUGCAUUAUUUUCUAGCCUCGUGCCCCAAUCUCGAACAAUUGUUCAUAUAUCAUUCUGACGAUACAAAGAAUAUUCGAGUUGUUGAUCCACCAAGCUUGAGAGUGUUGGAAAUAAAGAGCUGGUAUCUCGAGAGUUUGGAGAUAUCUGCUGAGAGUCUCGUCUCAUUAGCACAUGUGGCACCGAGAAUAUGUGAUUUGAAGAAAGUUCCUAAUCUUGAUGAAUUAACCAUUGGUGAUGACUCCUUUUUGUACUUUAUUUCUGAACCCAACUCUAGCUAUUCAGGUCAGCUGGUGAAGCUUGUAGUGGAUCUUCAGAGACUGUCAAGCCGGAGACCACUCGCUAGCCUUCCGGAUUCGCUCCCUCGGUUAUGCUCCCUCAAACGACUCGAGGUGAAAGUUACUUCAGUAGUUGAUCGUAGCCUUCUCUUCUUCACAUCAUUGAUAAAGGCGUCACCACAAUUGUACGAGUUUAGAAUUGAGAUUAUGUACCAGGCGGGUUUCUGGUUUGUGGAUACCGAAAAGAUGCCAUUUCCUGCAGUGGAGGCUGUGGAAUUUGAUCAUACAAGGCUUAAGGUGGUUGAAAUGUGUGGGUACGUUGGGUGCUCAAGUGACAACGAGCUGCUCGUGGAAUUGGUUAAGAAUGUGUCGUCGAUUGAGAGGCUUGUUAUUGAUACAGAGAGUCCGUAUUACGAUGAUCCCGAUUUGGCCUUCUCCAUCGCCCGCCGUAGCUUGCAUCCGAUGGGGGCAACCACGCGGAUUCAAUCCAAAGAGCGCGCCAAACAUUUCGUAUCCACUCUCCGCCACCGCAUUCACUCCGUCGUCAAAUAAACUCAACAACCCAACUAUUGCUUCUGAUUUUGCACCAACUGUUUGAUAAUCUUAUAGUAUUUAAGCAAUGGGAGUUUUCUUUUCUUGUUUCA